AAUUAUCUUCUCUCUACAUAUAUACACACACUCUCUCUCUAUAGACACAGGUAUAUAACCUAUGCUCUUCAUCAUUUUCUCUCUCUUGCCGCCGACGUUUGAAAAGCCCUAGCUUUUAUCUCUUCCUCUUGCUGAUAAGCUAAUCGGCUCUAGAAGGAUGAUUGGCUGCCGUGACAUUAUUAUGAAGAAUUCUUUGUAAAGAUUUUCUUCAGUUACUAAUUGUCUCAACUUCAGAUUAAACUUUUAUAGCAAAUGGAUCGGCGUGAUACUUCAGGAUUCGUUAGCGGGGGUGGGAUGUUCUCUUUUAGAGACAUCUAACCGUAGUUUUGUCACUAAUUUUAUUUAGCCCGGAAGUCAGGCAGACUGUUCUUUUGCGGUUGACACUUGAGAGUUGGUUCGAAUAAGAGUGCUGGUACUUUUGCAGUUGAGGGUUGAGUUGUUGUAUCUUUGACUAUUGGUUCAUGGAUACCAGGUUCAAGAAUCUGUGUUUUCUCACGACCCCCUCCUCAAAUGCAUUUAAGAAUUUGGGUACUUCCAUCCAAGUUGGAGGAGCUGGAGAUGGAGCUGAUUAUUGCGCGGACACCAUUUUACGACUUGAUUCCCCUGGUUAUUCAAUCCCUUUCUUUUCUGCCUCAAAAGGAACUAAAAGGAAGUGGAGUUUGAUUGAUGGGUCUGUGGACCAGCAAUUUGGGACCUCAUUGCUUCUUGGGCAGCGCCAUUCAUCAAGUUCCUCAGACAGUAAAGGGAGUUCAGCAACUACAUGCACUACGAUGUCUUCAGCCAAAGAAAGCGAUGAGGAGUCUUCAAUGGAUAUUGCAUUGGACUUCACUCUACAUAUUGGCAACGAGAAGUUGACCUGCCCAAAAAAAUCUACCACCUCUAAUUUGAAAACAUCAGAUGUGCAGCCCAAGGUUGACCUGGAGUUGAGUCUAUCAACUGGGCAGACUGAAUCUGAUAUCACUAGUGUUCAUCUAAACUCCACUCCACUUCGAAAUGUCAUAGAGAUGCCACGGUCUGUUGAUGGAGCAAUUCAUACAGAUGAAGGAUCAACAUCAUUGUGUUGGAAAACAGGAAACUCUUUCCACUCAUUGCAUACUUCACCGAAUGCAAAGACUAGUUUCUUCCUCAACCAGGCUUUAAGAGAAAUUAAUCCAGCUUCUAUUGUUCCAGACCACUCAUCAAGUGUAGUAACCGCACCAAACAGCUCAGUCACCUGUACUUCCGGGAUAACACAACAGCAACAGCAACAGCAACGCAGUAGUACUAAGACAUGUCAGUUUCAGGGAUGUGGAAAGGGUGCAAGAGGUGCUUCUGGCCUUUGCAUUGCACAUGGUGGUGGCCAGAGGUGUCAGAAACCUGGCUGCCAUAAAGGAUCUGAGGGCCGAACUGUGUACUGCAAGGCCCACGGGGGUGGUCGACGAUGCGAGUUCCUAGGGUGUACUAAGAGUGCUGAAGGACGUACAGAUUUUUGUAUCGCACAUGGUGGUGGCCGGAGAUGCAAUCACAAGGGUUGCACUCGAGCUGCCAGAGGGAAAUCUGGAUUGUGCAUUCGACAUGGUGGGGGCAAGAGAUGCCAGAAAGAGAACUGCACAAAGAGUGCAGAAGGCCUCUCUGGUCUCUGCAUUUCACAUGGAGGUGGCCGUCGAUGCCAAUAUCCAGAAUGUAAGAAAGGGGCACAAGGAAGCACAAUGUUUUGCAAGGCGCAUGGUGGUGGAAAAAGGUGCACAUUUGAAGGGUGCACCAAGGGUGCAGAAGGAAGCACACCUUUCUGCAAGGGCCAUGGUGGAGGGAAAAGGUGUUUAUUUGAAGGUGGUGGGGUUUGCCCAAAGAGUGUACAUGGAGGGACCCUUUACUGUGUAGCGCAUGGGGGUGGUAAGAGGUGUGCUGUGCCUGAAUGCACAAAGAGUGCGAGGGGGCGUACUGACUUUUGUGUCCGACAUGGUGGGGGCAAGAGAUGCAAAUUUGAAGGGUGUGGCAAGAGUGCACAAGGCAGCACUGAUUUUUGCAAGGCACACGGGGGAGGAAAGAGAUGCUCCUGGGGCCACACUGAUUCAGUAUUCGGCAGAGGCGAUGGUCCUUGUAACUCAUUUGCUAGGGGAAAGACUGGACUCUGUACAUCCCAUGGUGCCCUGGUACAGGACAAGCGGGUUCAUGGAGCUGCCACUUUGGAAACUGUGAUCCAGGAUCCAAAACCUACCAUAGCUGAGAAAAUAAAAGAGGUUGUCAAUGUGGACGAUAUGAGUGUUGAUAUCAUAAAGACGGAGGGCAAUGCUGCGACUUUGGCUGGCUUCACUGGGUUGAAGGGGAAACAAUUUGGACUCCAGCAAGCUUGUUUGCCAGUUGGGGAAGGAGGGCCAUCGUUUAUUCCAGGUCUGGUUCCUGAAGGAAGAGUCCAUGGGGGUAGUCUAUUGGUAAUGCUGUCAGGCAGUUCUGGUCUUGGCUUAAGCGGCAGCAAAAAUGUGAUCGUUGGUUCAUCCAAGCCGGGGAAAUCGCACAUUACGCCUCACAACAUGAUGUAAGGCAGUUUCAGCAUUUUCAUUUUGGUCUUGGUAGUUGCAGAGUUUUCUGCUUCUGCCCUCUUUUAUAGUUUGUCGAGUGUUUUGGUGAUGAGAAGCUGUUCUCAUCCAUUUAUUUAGAUGGUGGGAACUUUCGAAGUGUUUUCUUCGACCUCCCUUGUGUAACAAUAAGUGGAAAUCAGUUAGAGAUAGGCAAUGUAGUUAGCCUUUCGAGUCUGGGUUAUUGGUGUUUUUUCCUGUAAAUACUUGUGCUUAUGUUAGCGUGUUCCUAUGAAUACGUGAUACCAUGUGGAUAUUCGUUCAGUCAGGUGUAUUCUAGUUACGGUAAGUCUUUUGCUACAGUUAGAUCCCUGUUGCGGUGCUUCUUGCUUGAGUUGUUUGAAUCUGAUUAUUGAUUUUGUUUAGCUA